CCAGCCCGCCGCCUGGGGUAGUUGCUACUAUUGGCCCCCUGCGCCCGCCCUGCGCGCGCACCUUUCCUGGCGGAUCCCCAGUGCGCCGCGCGCUGUUUACACCGGCGUGGUACCAGUCACCCAGCCGCACCCCUCCGAGAGCGCGGAAUCGAUGACAGCCACUUCACAGGCUCACGCGCUCCCAGUGUGGGCUUGAGGGAAACGGGCACCGAUUACCAAGGGAGAGCACUCAUUACGGAAGACUCAGGGCAGCCUUUGUCUUGAGCGCUGAUACGCUCAGCCCUGAGUCAAGCUCACUGCAACUGUCUGUCCGAUUCCGGUUCCCAGCAACCGCCCUCCUGGGCGAGAAAUAUCAUUGUUCUGAGGCUAGCGGGACUGAGAGCUGGGACUUAAGACGCCAGGAGGGUCCUGCGCUCACGGAAAUGUACCCAAAAAGAACUCUGAGAGAAUAUACUCAAUUGUUCUGCUGUGAUUAAACAAGACUGCUGUAUUUUACCUGAGCUUGGCAAAGCAAGGAUAUGAACAAUUGUGCAGGUGGGCUACUCAGGGCGAGUGAAGAGAUAAGGCAUCCAAUCAGGGAUUGGCCACCUGCAGCCCUGCCAAUAUGCCCCUCCACCAGAUUUCCGUAAUCCCAGCGCGGGAGACUGCCAGCAAUGGGAGAAGUUCAAUGGGCAGAAACAAAGAGAAGAACAAGGAAGUCGAGAAUUUCAGAAAUUGAAAAGGGAUAAGAGGAAGGAGAAAAUGCUGGGCUGGUGUGAAGCGAUAGCCUGUAACCCUCACAGAAUUCCAAACAACACGCGAACACCCCAGAUCUCAGGGGAUUUGGCUGACGCCUCACAAACCUCCACGUUGAAUGAAAAAUCCCCAGGGCGAUCUGCAAGUCGAUCAAGUAACAUUUCUAAAGCAAGCAGCCCAACCACAGGGACAGCUCCCAGGAGUCAAUCAAGGUUGUCUGUCUGUCCAUCUACACAGGACAUCUGCAGAUCUGCCAUCUUGCAUGACAUGUCAGAAGAGUCAUUUGAGUAUUGCACCCCUGUCAUGGUGCUGAGCCCUGCUAGGAAGGAGUCUGGUAAGAAACCAGUAAAACAAAGACCUAGGAGGAGGAGAAAGGCCUCUGAGAGAUAUGAGCAUGCUGCAGAAGAACAAAUAAGAGGGAGAAGAAAUGACUUUCACCUCCAAAUCUCAAGCCCCAGGUGGAGGGAGCUUUACACAGAUUCUUCAGAUUCGUCUUCCUCAGAUGAGAGUCAUUGGAUUCAGGCAAAAAGAAGAGCCCAGGUUAAAUUCAGACUGUCAAGGAGAAGGAAGAGAAAUAAUAACAAGCUGUGUGAAAAUGUAGCUGGGUCUUCUACUCCUAAUGGAAUUGAGCUUGUUGAUCUGGGACCCAAAGGUAAAGAGCAACAAGAGCCAAUCGAAUGUGAGAGUUGCUCUUUAAAUCUCCGCAGAGGAAAAGGUACAAGGUACCAAGAAUGCAACACUUCUCUGACUCAAGGAUCCUCCAAAAUUAAAAGCUCCUCAAGAAAUCAUGAGAAGAGCAAAGGUAGAUAUCACCACAGAGAUCCUCAGCUCUUGCAAAGCCUUAGGAAAAAUGAAAUAAUAAAGAAGAAAUUUUCAGAAACAGAUUCCAGCACUGAAAUACUGGCCGUUACAGAAGGUGGCAAGGACAUGAAUGAUGCAGGGCUCCAGGUGAAUAACCCUGUUCAGAAGCCUCCUGCCACCUAUGACGAUGGGUCUGAUAAUUUAGAAGUAUGCAGAAUCUGUCACUGCGAAGGGGAUGAAGAGAGCCCCCUCAUCACACCCUGCCGCUGUACUGGGACACUGCGCUUUGUCCACCAGUCCUGCCUCCACCAGUGGAUAAAGAGCUCAGAUACACGCUGCUGUGAGCUCUGCAAGUAUGACUUCAUAAUGGAGACCAAGCUCAAACCCCUCCGGAAGUGGGAGAAACUACAGAUGACCACGAGUGAAAGGAGGAAAAUAUUCUGCUCUGUCACAUUCCAUGUAAUCGCGAUCACCUGUGUGGUUUGGUCUUUGUAUGUAUUAAUAGAUCGGACAGCGGAGGAAAUCAAGCAAGGCAAUGACAAUGGUGUCCUUGAAUGGCCAUUUUGGACAAAACUGGUUGUGGUAGCCAUUGGCUUCACAGGAGGUCUUGUCUUCAUGUACGUACAGUGUAAAGUCUACGUUCAGUUGUGGCGCAGGCUGAAGGCCUACAACCGUGUGAUCUUUGUACAAAAUUGCCCAGACACUGCCAAAAAACUGGAGAAGAACUUCUCAUGCAAUGUAAACACAGACAUCAAGGAUGCUGUGGUAGUGCCUGUAUCACAAACAGGUACAAAUUCACUGCCAUCUGCAGAGGGUGGCCCCCCUGAAGUUGUAUCAGUUUGAUGGAACCAGUUGGAAGUUUCUUCACAGAAGAAUAUCUUUCUAGCCCUCAGCCACUACAAAUGACAGAAGUGAUCUUGAAUUAUUUACUCCCUUCAGCUCCUCCUUUCUCCUACUGACACAUUUUUCCUGACUUUGUUUAAAGAGGAAAGACGAAAAACACACCAAAUGAUCAGGAUCCCAAGAAGUAUGGCCUAAAGUAUGAUAUGGACAUGUGAAGUUUGCUAGAGAAUGAUUUCUAAGACAAUUAAGAACUACUGGAGCAAUGAAUGCUUUUAGGCGGUAAUAAAAGAUUAAAGGGACCCAUGAUACUCUUCACAGUAACAGGGGAAAAGUUCAAGAAUACAGACUUGAAUUGCAAUGUGUAUUACUUCUAGGGCCUUGCAAUGUUAACCAUCUGUCUCAUCUGGAAAUAACAAACAUAUUUGGGUUUAAGCCUGAAAUUGUCUGCAUUAUCCUGAGGUCACACUGGGAGAGAACUUGGAGGAUGCAUAUUUUGAUAUGCUUUGACGGCUAACAGAUUUUUAUGGUAAUAGUGGAGUCUGGCUAUUUUGACCGAUGCAUGUUUUUAAAAUCGAUGCAAUAUACAUCUGAAGACAUUGAUACUUGGAAUUCUGUUUAAAUCAUGAAGAAAAGGUUUUCAGAAAAUGUUCAGAUGUAAUUAUCUCUGUUAAAUACCCACAGAAAUCAGUUAUCAGGUUGUAUAUUUUUGUCUGGUUCCUCUAAUACAGUGCUGUCCAAUAGAAACACAACAGCCACAAAUGCAAUAAGUAAAUUUUUAAUUUCCUAGUAGCCCCAUUUUAAAAACUAAAAAUAAAUGGUAAAAUGAAUUUUAAUUUUUUAAAAUUUAACACUAUACAUGUUAUUUCAACAUGUCAUCAAUGUAAAAAAAAAUUGAGACAGUAUACAUCUGUUUUUUGAACCAAGUUUUCAAAAUCUGGUUUGUACUUUAAAAGCACACGUCAACUUGAAUUAACUAUAUUGGAUAGCACAGGCCUAAAGGUAGAAACUAAGCUUCUGCUUUAACAGUUGAAAUAUUUCAAAACAGCAGUUUAAUUCACUUUUAUUUCAAAAUCUCACAAAUGUUGAUUUUUAAAAGCACUAAAUUAAGUAUCCUCAUUUUAAAGUCAGAUGAAGUUCACUUCUCUCAAGGGUAAAAACACCAACUGUAUAGAAAGAUAAAACAAUCCGCCUAUAGCAAAGUUGUGAAAUUAAUUUGUUUGCUACUAUGAAGUACUUACGAUAGGGGAAUAAAACUACCUAGUUUUGUUAUUAAAUCAAAUGUGUAAGGUUUAUUUCAUCCAUAUGAGGUGUCAACUUGACAGAUGAGUAGUUGUUAUGACUAAGAAUCUAGACCUUAUUUUUAAAAGCUGACAGGAUUUCCCUUGCUCAGUUAGAAAGCAAAAAUAUUCAGCAGAUUCUGUGAUAAGUAAUUACUUGUUUAGGUUUGACAGUUGAUUAUUGUGUUCUUUGCAUAUUCAUGUAAAACUGAUGUGUGAAUGACAUUACAGUGAGCUAGAUUCAUGAUUAUAGAUAUAGUAGCCUGUCAAAGAAAGAUGUCCUACAUUAAAAAAGGUGACUUAUUUUUGUUAGCUGUCAUUAUUUAUUAACAUGAAAAGGCAAUGAUGGCCAUAAGAACCAAAGCAUGAGUGUCCCAUUGCACAAAUCUGGGUAUCACAUGGAUGCACUUUGUAGUUAUCAAUGUGCUUUGUUCUUCACAGAUCACAGGAAAAAGGAAAAAAAACACUUAAGAGAAAGACGGUAUGAAUAUUAUUAGUAGUGGCUGACACUGAGUCCAAAUAGUCUUGAUUCUUAGAAAUAAAGAAAAGAUAAACAAUGUCAAUUUUGUGUGUGUGUAUGGCGUGUGUGUAUUCAUGUAUAUAUGCAGGAAAAUGUUAAGGCAUUCAGUCAGGAAACAAAAGGUUUAAAACUCAUCUUUCUUAAAACUUGUUAUAAGCAAAGAAAAAACAAAGUUGAGGUAACUAAACUGAACCAAAAAUUCUGCAUAAAUUUAUAAAAAAUGAUACAAGUAAUGUUUUAAAAAAUAUGUGGACUUUAAACUGUAUAUUAAAUUCCUCUUAAAUUCCCAUUUUAAAUAUUUAAGAUAAAUACAUUUAUGAAAAACAAAGCUGUGGGUGAUUUAAUCAUGGCAUCACAUCUAAGGAAUUAACCUUAAUGCAAUUUUCCUAAGCUUUUUACUAAUCCAUUUUCCCUGUGGGUUACUAAUGGCAACAUGCUGUUUGCAAACAUUCCUGGGGAAAAACAUCUAGACACCAGCAGACAAAGAAAUGUUGGUUUCUCUUUUGUUUGCUCUGAAAGUAAAAUACUUUUUUACCUUAAUUAAUAUGGAAAAUUUUGUUUAGAUUCUGUACAAACCUAAUAGGUUGCAGGGCUGAUCUCACAGUGGAAGAUGAUUGGCUAAAACAAAGCCUCAUUUAUUAAGGGCUACAUCUAACACUAAGAAAACAUUUCUAGAAUGAAAAGCAAAGAUAAAAGUAUUAUUGUACUAAUAGUAAAAGAGGACAUGAGAUUUUAAAACUAUACCUAAACUCCUGAAAUUAACUUUUGGGCUCUGACAUUGCCGAAAUGAGAAAAUAAUAUAGCUUCCUGGCAGGUUAAAAGUCAACACUUUAUUUUGCUAUUCUUCUGACUUUUUGAAACCUGAAGUUUUGAAUUUCAAGUUUUUUCAGAAGCUUUUCAGCAAUGGUUGUUUAUGGUUCAAACAUCUGAAAUAACUACUUGCAUCUAAAACCUAAUGUUAAUUAUUUUCUUUUUACAUUCUGUGUGGCAAUGGAAUAUUUGCACGUUAAAACAAUAAAACGAUUAGCUUUGUGGCAGUGCUUUCUUGUAGGCUGGCCGUACCCUUCAAAAAGAAAAACUUCGACAGAAUGCCAAUUCUGAGGCGUGUUUACCUGCUCAUGGAAAAAUAAAAUGGAAUUGAAAUAAAGAACUAAAAUUGAAGAAUGAACUUACAGUUCUGUUAAAAACCUUGGCUUUUUAGAAUCAUGAAUCAUCAGUGUUAUCAAUACCGCAAACCACAGGCAUUGACACUGUUAAUUUUUUAAAGAACUAUCUACGUACAGGAGUAAAGAUUAAAUUGUAAAAGAAAGAAAUUGCAUUUUUUUUUAAGAAGUGAAGCCCAAAAAGCAAUUAAGCUUAAGUCUGAAAACAAAAUAAAAAUGAAAAAAUCUAAAGUGAGCCCAACAACCUGAGAUACAGCAAUGUGUAAACUGAAGGAAGAUACGUAUAGACUGAAGGAGUUUUUCAAAACGCCCCAGCAUUAAAUCUCACUCUGCGCUGCUUCUGCACGUGAUAAUGGUCCCAGAGAGACGAUCUCAGUUAUAUUUUAUCUUGUUUUGCGAAAAGUCCUUGGGUACCCUUUAAAACAUCUAUUCUUUGACAGGAAAAUUAGCUCAUUAGAGCAAUGACACCAUUAAGGGAAAUGAUAAGGGUGCUGAGGAUCAGGUGGGAAGAUUCUUCCAUCUGCCCCAUAGUUUACCCUUCCUUGCCUUGAAAAUGAAUAUUCUGAAACAGAGUAGAGCUCUUAAAAGUUAUUAGUAUCAUUAUUACUAUAGUUGUUAUAUAAUACUUUAAUUAAGAAAGAUGAAAACCUUUUUUCUUUCCUGAGUCAGCCCAAUGGUGCUAUUUUACAUAUCAACACAGUUGACAGCAAUUACUGUUAUUUUGGGCUGCAGUGUUUCCUCCACAUCUAAAGAAAGCCCAUUUUGAAAUUGGAUACUGCAUUAAAACAAAGAAGGAAAAAUUAUUUUAACUGUGUGCAGUUUUUGAAAUUAGGCAUUUGUACUAUUUUGGUUUUACAUAAUUCUCUUGCAUUAACAACUUACCGUUUUGUGAAUCAAGUGUACUAAAGCAAAUUAAGAAAAAAGAAAAUAAUCACCUGUGAAAGACUUUGUAUAUUAAACAAGUGACGCAAA